AUGAAUCGUCGUUUACAGAAUGCCGCAGAUACCACAUUUAGCGAUAAUUGGGACCGUCUAGCCCAAGCUAUUCGAGAAAUUCACAGAAAAAAUGCGUCGAUCUUAAGCUUCGAAGAGCUUUACCGUAAUGCCUAUAAUAUGGUCCUUCACAAAAAUGGAGAUAAGCUAUACAACGGCGUGAGGGAGGUUAUCACUCAACACUUAGAAGAAGUGGCUAAAGACCAAGUUGUUCCAGCUUUUCCAAUGUCAGGUGCUAGUAGCUCACAAGCAAAUUCCGCUAACGGCGCUGGUGGAGCAAAUUUCUUAAAAGUGCUGAAAAGCGUUUGGGAAGAUCAUACAACAUGUAUGCUCAUGAUUAGAGACAUUUUGAUGUACAUGGAUCGUGUAUAUGCCAAAUCAGCGAAUGUUCCUUUAGUCUACGAAUUGGGAUUAGAGCUCUUUAGGGAUACCAUAGUUCGAUCCACAAUAUAUCCCAUUCAGAGUCAUCUUUUGGACGUUCUUUUAAAUCAAAUCCUUCUUGAACGUGAAAACGAGAUCAUCGAUCGUUCUAAUAUUAAAGCAUCGAUGGAUAUGCUGCUCGAGUUAACUGAUACAAGUGCAAAAGAUUCAGUUUACGCAACUGAUUUUGAAGGACGAUUUUUGGAGACUAGUGCUGAAUAUUAUCGGGUUGAGGGUCAAAUGCUCGUAGGAGAAUGUGAUGCACCGGAAUAUAUGAAAAAAGUUGAGAAACGUCUUAAUGAAGAAGAACAACGUGUGCGCCAUUACCUUUCACAAACUACAGAACCGAAAAUUAGAA